AUGGCCGUGCUGUUGACCCUGGCCAAAUGCAUGUUUUUUGCUCGCUUAGAUAAUCGGGUGUGGCUUGCAAAUUAUCACCCAUUUACUUUGGAAAUCGACGUGUUGUGGGAAUUGGAGCAAACUUCAAUAGGAUUUUCCGUAAUGGCUUUCCGAACCCGAUCAACCAGAUUAAAAUCUAAAUGUGCCCUAGCUGUCGCCUUCGGGCUACUACUUGUGAUGCUAUCGGGCAGCGUCACAUCCUAUAUGCUGCCAACGGAAACACUCGGAUCGGGACUCACCACCGAGCAGUAUGAGUAUGAUUGUUUUCCGGCACAAACGAAAGAAAACCUCCUGCCACGCUUCGCCUCCCGCAACCAGAAUGAUUCAAUAGCGAUCCAAGUGAGCAGACGAUAUACCCAUCAAAUCAUUUCACGCAUCUACAGCAUCUUCCUGCGCGAGAUACUCGGCUAUCGGAAUGUGAAGCUGGUGGACCUGUACGAGCGAACGCACGAGAUCGAACGGGAGCGGCUAUUUGUCACGCUGGAAAGUCUCGUAUCGGACGGCACCAGCUGGCCGGAGCCGACGAUCGAUUUGGAAGUGUGGAUGCUGUCCGACUAUCAUAUCAUACCACCGGAAAUCGAAGAAGCAGGUGCCAUAACACAUCCCGGUCGAUUCGGUUUGUUCAUCCCCAAGCCGCUGAUCCGGAAGGAAGACGCUUUUCCGAUGCUCUAUCCAUACACGAUGUUCCAGGAGAAUGUAAAGGACCCUGAUUAUUAUGAGCUGAUAAAGAAGUUCGAGGUGGUGGAGAACGUUUUGGUCGAGCUGAAAAAGUGGGCCGAGAAGCGGUGCUCGAUUGACUGCGAUCGAUCGGGAAUGUUUAUUCCGGAGCAAUGUUUGCAGGGGAAAAAAUGUGCGCUAGUAUUGGCGCCACAUUACGAGGAUACCAAGUUCAUAGUGAAGCAUAUUAACGAAAUGAAAUUUCAACUGAAGGUGAUUUGGCUGGGAGGAAAAAUUAAACAAGGUAUCAAAUACCUAAUGAGUCAGUAUGGGAAUGAUCGAAAAAUGUCGAAGAAAUUUCUGGUUCUGCACUGGACCCCAUCGGAAGUAAUCGACAGCAAAACGAUAGAGUACGUGGCUGUUACCAUGCCACGUUGUGAGGAUAUGAUUGUUAGCAACAACACCGGCUGCAAAUACGAACUAACCCCUUUGCUUAAGUAUCACGCUCACGAGUUCGAAACUUCACAGCAUGCUCUCCAGUCGCUGAUGAGAGUGUAUUUCGAUAAAUCAGACAUCCAAGCGCUUAUCGAUUUGUAUGACAAAUACGAGGCGCAGAUCCUGCCGGCUCGCGACGAAACAAAUCUCGAGUAUGACGAGCACGCUGUCGCGAAAUAUUACAACCAAAUAGCAUGUGAAUGGAUGACGGCUAACGAGGCUCGUUGGAAUAAGUGGAAACCAAAAGGUGAGGCCAAGGAAGACAUUUACAUUGGUGGCAUUUUUCCUCUCUCCGGUCUGGGAAAGGCCUAUCUGGGUAUCAUGCCCGCGGCCGUUAUGGCUCAGCAGGCGGUUAAUCUCAAUGGCACCAUUUUGCCCAAUCAUCGUCUGAUUAUACUGAAGAGUGAUGGCCAGUGUCGUGCGGAUACCGUAAUGAAAACAUUCAUCAAUUACUACAUCAGACAAGAGCGUAUGAUUGGCGUUCUGGGACCGGCCUGUAGCGAUACCGUUGAACCGAUAGCAGGUGUUUCGAAGCACUUUCGGAUGGCGGUUAUCUCAUAUUCUGCGGAAGGAGCCUUCCUCUCGGACCGUGACACGUACCCGUAUUUUUUUCGCACCAUUGGCGAAAAUCGACAGUACGAGCAUGUUUAUGCAAGACUGUUGAAACAGUUGAACUGGAACCGAGUUGCCGCCCUCACAGAAGACGGCCAAAAAUCAACCGAAUAUAUUUCACACAUGGAAACAUUACUGAAAGAAAAUGACAUUGAGCUGAUUUCGAAUAAAAAAUUUCCUCGCGAUCAUGGCGAAACUGCAAUGAAUCGGUACAUGGUGGAUUUAAAAACGAAAAACGCCCGGAUCAUCAUAGCAGAUGUCGACGACAAGGUGGCCCAUGUGAUAAUGUGCGAGGCAUACAAGCUCGAGAUGACGGCCGAGAAUGGUUACGUAUGGUUUCUGCCGGUGUGGCUAUCGAACCAGUGGAACCAAACGCAGAAUGAUUCAAGCCGAUUGACAGCCAAGUGCACUAGGCGGGAAAUGCUGAAGGCCAUCAAUGGGCACUUUUCGCUUUCGCAUGCACCUUUUGCCAACGAUCAGAAUGCAUUGGACAUUAGCAAUAUGACCGUCGGCGAGUGGAAAGUGCAGUAUCGUAACGUUCUGCAGCAGCACCAGCUGGUGCAGUCGGAUUACGCUGGAUAUGCGUACGAUGCGGUUUGGGUGUAUGCGCUCGCCCUGGAUAAGCUCAUCAAGGAGGAUCCUUCUUAUCUGAGUGAUCUGCAUUCGGUUAAAACAACUAAACGACUGAUGGAGGUUAUACGAGCAACCGACUUUCAGGGUGUAUCCGGACGGAUUCGGUUCGGGGAUGAAGGAUCACGGUAUGCCAUUAUUAAUGUGUUGCAGUGGAUCAACGGGACGCCGAUCAUUGUGGGACAGUUUACGCCGAAUAUUUCCGAGAGUAAUUACCAACUGGUUGGUGGGACGCUGACGCUGAACAAAUCUGCGAUUGUUUGGUUCACCCGGGACGGAAAGGCGCCGGAUGAUGGGGCACUUGACUGUAAUCUGGGAGGUUUGGCGAAAGUUUUCGGAACCGAUUGCGAUAGGGCGGUCCUGAUCUUCACGGGAUUCAUGUGUGUGCUGGUGAUCGCUUUGAUUUCGUUGGCGUCGUUCUGCUUUUUCCAGAUUCGGUACGAUCAAAAAAUGAAAAGUUCGGCGAAGUAUUUGCAAAAGUUUGGAAUUGAUUUGCUUUCGCCGACGUCGAUUCCACUGAAUACGCUGGAUAAAUGGGAAAUUCCGAAGGAUCGCGUUGUCAUCAAUCGACGGUUAGGCGAAGGUGCCUUCGGUACUGUCUACGGCGGUGAGGCUCAGAUUGAUGGGGACGCUUGGACUGCCGUUGCAGUGAAAACGUUGAAGAUCGGUUCAACUACUGAGGAUAAGGUGGACUUUUUGUCAGAGGCGGAAGCCAUGAAACGUUUCGAUCACAGUAAUAUUGUUAAACUACUAGGCGUCUGCCUACAGAGCGAGCCAGUGUACACUAUUAUGGAAUUUAUGCUGUACGGUGAUCUGAAAACGUUCCUCCUAGCCCGUCGUCAUUUGGUGAAUCAAAAACAUUCGGAAGAUUCGGAUGUUUCCUCAAAACGACUCACAAUGAUGGCUUUGGAUGUCUCCCGUGCUCUCUCUUAUCUAGCAGAACAGAAAUAUGUCCAUAGAGAUAUAGCCUGUCGAAACUGUAUGGUGAACGCCCAGCGGAUGGUCAAACUCGGUGACUUCGGAAUGGCUCGUCCAACUUUCGAGAAUGACUACUAUCGGUUCAACCGAAAGGGAAUGCUUCCGGUUCGCUGGAUGGCUCCAGAAUCGCUUGCUUUAGGCGUUUUCACACCAGCCUCCGAUGUUUGGUCCUACGCUGUUUUGCUUUACGAAAUCAUCACGUUUGGAUCUUUCCCCUUCCAAGGAAUGACUAAUAAUCAAGUGCUGGAACACUUGAAAAAAGGAAACUGUUUGACCACCCCUGCUGGCGUCAAACCCCAGCUGGAGGGACUGAUGAAAGCUUGCUGGAACACAGACUACAAGAAGCGGCCGAGUGCAUCCGAAGUGGCUGAAUUUAUUUCGAACUAUCCCAGACUACUGAACCCUUGUUUGGACGUGCCGCUGGCUUCAGUUCAAAUGAAUGAAACUGACAGUGACCAAUUUGAGCUGCUUCCGGGUCUGAGAAAACGAAAAGAGGAACCAUCUGCCGAUCUGCUGGUCGGAACCACGCCAAUGAAUGACCUGAAUCAAGCUACAAGCGGCUACAUCGGAAUGAACAUGCACCCAGGAAUUAACCUGAACGACCUUAACGUCGCAACCGAAUUUCGAGUGUGUGAAAAUCCCGCUCAGCCCGUUGCCGAUUGCGGGGCCAAUGGCCCGGUCGGUCAAAAUGUAUACAACCCGGUCGAACCGCUGCUGCGACGUGAUUCGGAAAUAUCGAAAAGCAAUAAUAGCCUAUUACGAUAUGUGCCCAUGUUCGGCUUCGGCAAAAACCGUGCCCCAGUACUGAUAACCCACGCCAACGGAUCGGUUACGAUUGGCAACCGCAGUACUAGCACUAGUGUAUUAUAG